GCAUGCACUCGGGGGCGGGGCGUUCGAUUCCAGUAAAUUCCCUCCUUCCCCCUCCCCCGUGUGUACUUCGUGAUCGCGAUGCUGCAACACGUGACGUGACGCGGCGCGUUAUCGCGCUUGAUGAGACGAGUGUCCGAUAGUCGGAGCGAAUUGCUAGUUCGACCGCCGCAGAAGGUUCAUUACGGGCAAUAUCGAGACUCGCUCGUGAGGAAGCUCGGAUCGCCGCGCGAUUGAACCUUCGAACGACUCCGAGUACUUCUUAAUAUUACAAUAUUAUCCCACAAACGACCUCGAUCAUGUGUACGAAAGACUGUGUCUUGUCUAUGUGUGAAUAGUGAAGGAAAAAGUCAGGCCAUAACGCAAAAUCGUUGCCGGAGAGAUUUUGCGUCAACGAGGAGUUCGUCGAUGAUGUAUGAAAUAUCGAACUAAAAAUCCUUUACUUAUUUCGACUGUGUUUAAUGUCCUCAUACAGCUUCGUGGAUUUCUGUACGUAAAUUACGCGUAUAAAUAGUGACGUACAUCAUAAAACGGACAAACGGAGUACAUGUUGCCGAGACGAGAUUUCGUCGUCGUGAUCGAGUAUGGUGCGUCGAACGGAACCUUCCGAUCUCACGAGAGAUGCGAUUGUCGCCGGCAGCUGCGGCGCAAAUUAUGCCUGAAGCGACUCUCGAGGGCUCAUCGUUCAAGGAUCGAAGAGAUGCGUAAAAUUCACCUUGACCUCGCGCAUUGAGAAAUUACCUUUCGAGAAAUGAGUUCGCACUCCCAUGCGAGGACGUUGUGCACCGGAAAUCCGGUCUCCGGCGCAUUCUCGGCGCUGCAUCUCCUGCGGAGUUACAGCCUCUUCGCUCCGAACUCGGAUCUGUGCAGGUACGAGGCGUACCCGUCUCGGGACUACAGCUUCGUCGAGCCGGAUAUUUUGUCAUCGAGUUCCGUGCCGGCGGAUUCCCGGUCCUCGCCGUUAACGUCCUCCUCCCUGUCGGCGACGCUCUCGCUCCCGGGGACUCUGCUUCAGCCACCCUUUCUAGCGGCGAUGCCACCCCUGAUACAAUCCCUGAGCGUGCCGCAAUCCUUCUCAACUUCCUCCGCAGGUGCUAUGAACCGCCACCACUUCGUCCCUACAAAUGGCAUAACUGCUCUACACAGAAGACCCAGAAGCGAGAAGAAACCGAUCCCGGACGAGCAGAAGGACGAGAAAUACUACGAGAGACGUAAACGGAAUAACCAGGCGGCGAAGAAGUCGCGGGACGCCCGCAAGAUCAGGGAGGACCACAUCGCGCUGAGGGCGACGAUGCUAGAGCACGAAAACGCGAUCCUGAAGGCGCAGAUAGUGACCUUGCGGGAGGAGGCGCAAUCCUUGCGGCAUAUGUUGCUCAAGCAACACGCCCCGGCGAUACAAACGAUCGAACGAUCGCUCUCGUCGAUGACGCCCGUGACGCUCUCUCCUCCGCACACGAGCGCGAGUCUGGAUUGUUAAUUCACGGAGAUUCCUCUGAAAAGCUGAAUGUUUAUGUACGGGAGACUCAAAUCCGAUAUGCAACUUAUCGCGCCGACGAACACGCCUGUGAAAAUGAUCCGUACGUCUUUAUUUGUGAUCGAUUCGUACCUCGAUUCAAGUAUCUCUCACUGAUUGUGAGUUACGCAAACAGAUGACCGAUUCUAUAUCUGUUUCUACCAACGUGGAUUAAUUUUAAUCUUGGGCUGGUAUUCCUAGUCAGAUCUUGUAUUCAAGAUCGUCUUAAGAUCAUCUUUAGAUAAAUUCAAGACGGUCUUGAAUAUAAGAUCUGACUAUGAAUACCGAUCUUGGUUUACCUUUGAGAACUAGAAAAAGAUAAAAGCGAGUUAAGCCGAGAUUAAUCUACAUAUAUUGGUAGAAAUGGACAUUAGAUCAGUUUCGGAGAUUAGGAUAGAAUCCGAGGAGAGCUCGGAGAUUUUAUUUAUUGUUGGAAUUAUUAUCAUCCAUUUUAAGUGUAAUUAUAUAUGUAUAAUUGUUGCUUGAACGCUAAUAAAAAGAGAUGAUUCAAGAUGUAUAAA